GGUUUUCCCAGCAGUGUCCCUGGGGCUUUGGAGAUCUUUGGCUAGUGAGCACAGGCUCUAAGAGUAGCACCCCCAAAAUGAGGCCCAGGGAGUCAGCGGUUCUGUUUGAAGUGGGUAACCCCCAAGGCAGGAUAGGGACCGCAGGUGGCCUGGGGCAAAGGGGUUAGAGGCCGGACGUGGCCAGCAGGAUCAGGGCAACACACACACACACACACACACACACACACACACACACACACACACACGGCCGGAAAGUGUCCGGAGGAAGCCGGCGCGUCAUGGGACACGCGGGCCUGGCCGGUGCUGCCCGCCCCGCAUCCCGGUCCUCCGCUCGCCGCCGCUCGCCGCCGCUGCCACCGCCGCCUCCGAUGAGACUCCUGCCGCUGCUCGUGGGUUUUUCCACUUUGUUGAGUUGCUCCCACCCUCAAAGUUGCACUAAGACCCGUUGCCUCCCAAACGCAAAAUGUGAAAUACACAAUGGCGCUGAAGCCUGCUUCUGCAACACGGGAUUUUCGGGAAAUGGCGUCACAAUCUGUGAAGAUGACAAUGAGUGUGGAAAUUUAACCCAAUCCUGUGGUGAAAAUGCAAACUGCACCAAUACAGUGGGAAGUUAUUUCUGUAUGUGUGCUCCAGGGUUCAGAUCCAGCAGUAACCAAGAAAAGUUUAUCACUAACGAUGGAACCUUCUGCAUAGAUAUAGAUGAAUGCAGUGACCCAUUUGUCUGUGGUGAUCAUGCAGUAUGUGAGAAUGUGGACGGGGGCUAUCACUGCUCAUGCAAACUGGGUUAUCAGACAUCCACAGGAAAGCCACGGUUCACACCAAAUGAUGGUUCUUAUUGUCAAGAAAAUGCAAACACAAACUGCUAUUUAGAUAAUGCCUGUAUUGCUACAAAUGUUAAUAAAAUGUUGGAAAAAAUUGGACCCAUACAGGAACCUCUGACUUUGCUGCAGGAAAUCUAUAGGAACUCUGUGACAGAUAUUUCACUGAUGGAUAUAAUCACAUAUGUAGAAAUACUAGCUAAAUCAUCCCCGUUACUAGGUUAUAUGAAUAACACUGUCUCAGAAAAGGACACCCUCUCUAAUACAACUCUUACUGAAUUUGUGAAAACCGUGAAUAAUUUUAUUCAAAAGGAUACAUUUAAAAUUUGGAACAAAUUGUCUUCGAGUCACAGGAAAACUCAUCUGACGAAACUGUUGCAUACUGCCGAGCAAGCUACCUUAAGGAUUUCUCAGAACUUCCAAAAGACCACUCAGUUUGAUACAAAUUCAUCUGACAUAGCUCUCCAAGUUUUCUUUUUUGAUUCCUAUCACAUGAAAUACACUCAUCCCCACAUGAAUGUGGAUGGAGAUUAUAUAAAGGUGUUUCCAAAGAAAAAAGCUGCCUCCGAUUCAGAAGGUCAUGUUGCAGUUGCAUUUUUAUAUUACAAGAAUAUCGGCUCCUUGCUCUCAUCAUCUGAUAACUUCCUAUUGGAUCCUCAAACUUCUGACAAUUCUGAAGACCGAGAAAGAGUUAUCUCUUCAGUGGUUUCUGUCUCAAUUAACUCAGACCCACCCACACUGUAUGAACUCGAGAAAAUAACAUUUACAUUAAGUCACAUGAAGAUGACAGAUAAGGCUAAUAUUCAAUGUGCAUUUUGGAACUACUCGUCUGAUACCAUGAAUGGUACCUGGUCUCCAGAGGGUUGUGAGAUGACAAGCUCAAAUGAGACCCACACUUCAUGCCGUUGUGAUCACCUGACACAUUUUGCAAUUUUGAUGUCUUCUGGCUCUUCAAUUGGUGUUAAAGAUUAUAAUAUUCUUACAAGGAUCACACAACUAGGAAUAAUUAUUUCACUGAUUUGUCUUGCCAUAUGUAUUUUUACCUUCUGGUUCUUCAGUGAAAUUCAAAGCACCAGGACAACAAUUCACAAAAAUCUCUGCUGUAGCCUGUUCCUUGCAGAGCUUGUUUUUCUUGUUGGGAUUAAUAUAAAUACUAAUAAGCUCUUCUGUUCAAUUAUUGCUGGGCUACUACAUUAUUUCUUUUUAGCUGCCUUUGCUUGGAUGUGCAUUGAAGGGAUACACCUCUAUCUUAUUGUUGUUGGAGUCAUCUACAACAAGGGAUUUUUGCACAAGAAUUUUUAUGUCUUUGGCUAUCUCAGCCCAGCUGUGGUAGUUGGAUUCUCAGCAUCGUUAGGAUACAGAUAUUAUGGCACCACUAAAGUAUGUUGGCUUAGCACAGAAAACAACUUUAUUUGGAGUUUUAUAGGACCGGCAUGUCUAAUCAUUCUUGUGAAUCUCCUGGCUUUUGGAGUUAUCAUAUACAAAGUUUUUCGUCACACUGCUGGACUGAAGCCAGAAGUUAGUUGCUAUGAGAACAUAAGGUCGUGUGCAAGGGGAGCCCUUGCUCUCUUAUUCCUUCUUGGCACUACCUGGAUCUUUGGGGUUCUCCACGUGGUGCAUGCAUCGGUGGUGACGGCUUACCUCUUCACAAUCAGCAACGCCUUCCAGGGAAUGUUCAUUUUCUUAUUCCUGUGUGUUUUAUCCAGAAAGAUCCAAGAAGAGUAUUAUAGAUUGUUCAAAAAUGUCCCUUGCUGUUUUGGAUGCUUACGGUAAACAUGAAGAACUAUAAUUACAACUGAAAGAAAUUGGAAAUCCAUGUUGUAGAUGACCAGUAUAUAAAAAUGAUUCAAUCUAUAAUCCAGUUAUUAAUUACUAGAUAAUCAAAUAUUUUAAGUUUGGGGUUUAUUUCCAAUGUAAGAAUUGUAUAUAAUAAAGGUAGAGUUAUAUACUAUAUAGCUAUAGUAUGUUUACUACAUGACAUAGUUAUGUCAAAAAUAGUACUGCAGACAUUUGGAAAGUAAUUGGUUUCUCAAGAGUGAUAUCACCAUGCCCAAAAAGAGAUUUCUUUCUAGGAAAAGAAAUAUAUGAAUGUCCUGAAAGAUACCACUGGCUUGAUAUUUUUGUGUCUCAUGUUCUCUUUGAAACUACUACCCUACCACCCUAGCAAUGAGCUUCAUUACAGAAACCAAAACAUAAGAGAAAGAAGGAGCAGAAUAUAAAACAGUAAAAAGGAAAUGGCUGUUAUAAGAAUAAAAUGUAUUUUGAAUAAAUUUGCUUUUUUGUAAGCUAGAUAAGAGAUCUUUGAGGUAAAAUAAAGAAUUUGAAUCAACACAUCUGGCCAUUUUGUGAAUUAUUUCAAACUUAAAUUUUUAGCAAAACAACCUAGAACUCCAUUUACAAUAUCCAUUUUUUAAUAUUCUAAAAUAUAACUCCACAAAUGUAAACAAAAGUAUCUGUUUUUAACUUAGACUGAAGUAUAUGUUGUUUCCAUACUUAUUUCACUGAUUGUAACUUGAGAUGCACAAUCAAUAAAGCAUGAAUAUAUCAAAAUGUAACUUCAUGUGCAUUUGUAAAUAUAAAAAUAUUAUAUAUAAAGCUGAAUUAUUUUAUUCUGUAAGCUUUCACAAUAGUGAAAACUAUCCAACCAAAUUAGACUGGUAUUUUAAUACUUUAGUUUGAAUUUUGGCAAUAUCACUCACAACAGUCACUUUUAAUUUGCUAUUUUUAAAAGGAUGCUGUAAAUAUGAAAGUAUUUAUAAAGGGCAUUGUUAUUUUUUCCUGUUUAGAGAAGUACACAUUUAGAAAAUUUAAUUUAUGACAAAAUUUACCGGAAACUGUCAAAAUUUUCACAGUGGAUCUACUUUCUGACAAUUUUCUUCUACCUAUUAAAAAGUACUGCUUAAAUGUACAGCUUUUAUCUAUCCUCAGAUUUUCUCAUUCUGAUGUAGAAAUGCUGAUUUUAUUUCAAAAACUACAGUUGUUCAGCAACUACCUGUAAAACUGUGCCAAUGUACUGAACAGUAUAAUCUUAAAUUAAUUUCUCCAGCUGUUAAAAUAAAAUCUGUCAAAUCUUAUUCUAACAAAUAAAAUGUUCUCUAAAUGAA